GACCAUUUGCGGACGAAUCACAACCUCAACCCUCGACGACCGCGUCAAAGAGCACAGCGACAGCAGCAUGUCGGGCGAACACUCCUUCAUGGCCAGCGCCGUGCCCGCAGCAGCAGCGCCGCCGCCGCUCGCUGCGCAACCCAGCAUUGGGACUCCGCCGUCGGCGUCGUCGCAGUCAGUUCCCCCUGGACACCCGUCUUUCCGGCGGCAACGCGCCAGCAGGGCGUGCGAAACCUGCCACGCGAGGAAAGUACGAUGCGACGCCGCCUCAUUGGGGAUCCCAUGCACCAACUGCACCGCCUUCGGCAUCGAGUGCCGCAUCCCCCAGCCCAAGCGCAAGAAGACGCAGACGGCCCGGGCCAAGGAUGCAGAGAGUGACCGCGGCGACAGCGACGACCGCUCGCCCGCCAGCACCUCCGCUGAGCCCCGCGAGAAGUCGACCGUAUACAACACCCAGGACGGGACCCCCUCCACCACCGUCUCGCCCGAAUACGCCGCCCAACAGGCCACCCACAAUGGCACCUACGUGCAGUUCAUGAAGCCCAAGUUUGCGCGCGCGCCCAUCAAAGAAGCCGGCCGAGUCGCAUACCUCGGGGAGUCCUCCAACCUGUCGCUGCUCGUGCACGACCGCUAUGGCACCACCGACGUCGUCCACUACCCGCUGCCCGAGAACGUGCGGGGCGCGAAGGCACGGGUCAACGAGAUGGACAACAUGGAGAUUGAGAUACUGCAUCAGCGAGGCGCCUUCCUGCUCCCACCGCGGGCGUUAUGCGACGAGCUUGUCGAAGCCUUCUUCAGAUGGGUAGCUCCGGUCGUGCCAGUCAUCAAUCGCAGCCGCUUCAUGCGCCAGUAUCGAGACCCCAAGAACCCGCCCUCGCUCCUUCUGCUACAGGCCAUACUCCUGGCAGGCUCGCGCGUGUGUACCAAUGCGCAGUUGAUGGACUCGAGUGGCUCAACCACCCCCGCGGCCAUGACGUUCUAUAAGCGCGCAAAAGCGCUAUACGACGCCAACUUCGAAGAUGAUCGCGUGACCAUCGUGCAAGCCCUCAUCCUGAUGGGCUGGUACUGGGAGGGACCCGAGGACGUGACCAAGAACGUUUUCUACUGGACCCGAGUCGCUAUCGUAGUAGCUCAGGGUUCGGGCAUGCACCGCAGCGUCGAAGGAUCACAGCUCACACGCUCCGACAAGCGCCUGUGGAAGCGUAUCUGGUGGACCCUGUACAGCCGGGACCGUUCAGUGGCAGUCGCACUCGGCCGGCCGGUUGCUAUUGAUCCUGAAGAUUCCGAUGUCGAGAUGGUGUCUGAAGAUGACUUCAUCGACGACGAGACAGAGCACGCUGCAGAAUACCCACCAGAUCCGAUCCAUGUUCAGUUCUUCAUCAACUAUGUCAAACUUAGCGAGAUUAUGGGCUUGGUCCUAUCACAACAAUACUCGGUAGCGUCAAAACACCGCAGGGCGAAUGCCAUAGACCUGACACACAGCGACAUGGCCCUUGCCGACUGGCUGCAACAUUGUCCGCCGGAAGUGCAGUGGGAGCGAAACCGCCACCAUUUCUGGGCCGCCUUGUUACAUUCGAAUUACUACACCACUUUAUGUCUUCUGCAUCGCGCACACAUGCCUCCAGCAGGCUCACCAAAAGCCACUCAUCUAGACGGUUUUGGUGAAGCCAACGCCUAUCCAUCACGGAACAUUGCGUACCAAGCGGCCGCCAUGAUCACAUCCAUCAUUGAAAACCUCAGAGCUCAUGACGAGAUUCGGUAUACUCCGGCUUUCAUCGUCUACAGCUUGUUUUCUGCCCUCAUUAUGCACGUCUACCAGAUGAAGUCGUCUAACAAGUCUGUCGUCUCGGCGACUGAGCAGCGACUGCAGAUCUGCCUGGACGCCCUUAAAGAGGUCUCCAAGGUCUGGCUUGUCGCAAAGAUGGUGCACACUCUGUUCGAAUCAAUUCUUGGAAACAAGCACCUUGAAGAACGUCUGCAGAAAGCUGCCGGCCGCAACCAUAAGAAAAACAAGGUCCCUUCGGUUCCACCACCACCGCCACCGAAGCCUGCCCAAGAAUCCUCGAAACGAAAAUUCGAUGACAUGGACCUAGGCUUCCCUGUUCCAAGUGGUCCACCAUCUGCUCAAGUCUCGUAUGAACGGUCCAGACCGCAGACUCCUGCCGUCACACCUUCGCGCGAGCUGCAACCUCAACAGCAGAUGCCCCAGAUGACCACUGGAUCUCCACAGAUGAAUCGGCAAAAUCACGACGCAUUCAUGGGCCCUUCACGGUCAGGAACGCGUCCUACAACCCCGUUCAACCCUUCAUACUCGUAUCCAGGAACGCCGCCGGAUCUUUUCCUGGUGACCCGUGAUACCCCUAAUAUUAGCCAAGAAGUGUGGCAGAACUUCCAGCCUGACCAGCUGUUCCCUGCCGACACACAAGUCAACUUUCCCCAGAUGUCACCCAUGCAAAACCAUAGCCUUGUAGAUCCUGCCUUAAGUCAACCUCAAAAUAUUGCCAUGCCCUCUCAACAGACUGCUGGGGGCCAGUCACAGAUGCAGAACCCACCGUCAAAUACAGGCAUCUCCAGCGGUUACGAGCAUAAUAAUCCUCAGGCCUGGCAGCAACAGAUGGAGAUGAUGUCGCAGAACCAGCAACAGCAUAGCGCACAGGAUGAUGCUUGGAGUCAAAGUUCCGGAGGCCGGCACAACCCCAUUGUGCCUAUGAGCUUGAAUGUCGAUGAUUGGUUCAACUUCUUCGGCAUCAACGGUGAAGCCGACAUGUCACAUCUGUUCCAGCAGGGUCCUGCUUAGACUCACAAGCGUUUGCUUCUGUGAAUGUUUGAUAGCUUUGUUGUUCAAGCUUUGCUCCGCGUGUAAGCAUAUCAGUAGCGUGGAUUCAGUUGUUGCGUGGAUACAUGUCUCUCUACAAAAGGUUCAAGGUGCUAAUUGCGUGGUUUCUGUACGUCACCUGUACAAAGGAGGAUGAUUUGGUAUACUACAGUGACACGGUUUUCGGCAUACUACUUCUCUGUGUCUGCUUCACUAUAAGCUACCAUCCAUGCAUAAUACUCGCGUGCUCGAACAAAUUCCACGAUGCGCACUUGUGACUGAGGGCGAUUAUUGUCAGAUCUUGACGGUCUCGGGAUGUUCUCGUCAAGACAUUCUAAUUUAAUGC